UCAAUGAAACACGAACGACAAUUUAUAGUUCGCGUUUUUCUUGAAAUUCAAAUAUGCUGGAAUGGAAUGGCCUUUUAUAAAAGAAUUAAACGAACUUUUGCGGUUUUGGAAAACCGAUAGAGAAUUUAAAGACGAAUUAAUUAAUCAUGACAUUACUUAUGCAACACGUACUGUUAAUAUUGUUAAUAAGAUCGAUAGACUCAUAGAGUUAUUGGAUGUGUUACAUGAGCAACUUCUUGAAUGCGAUACAGCUGAAAAAUGUAAUACUAAAUUUCCUGAAGUUCAAAAUAUACUUGAAGAAUUAGUGUGUAUUAGAAUUUUAGCGCUGCACGAAACAGUAUGUCAAAAAAUUAUAGAAUGUAUCUUGGAAUAUACAAAAUUAUCCGACGGAACAAUCAUGUUUUCAAAUUUUAUUGGACUACCAAAGUAUUGGAGUUUAAAAGUAUUGCGAGCUAUCUCCAUCGGCCAUUCACAAGGCGAUAACCUUUCAGAGAAGUUGGCAUCUUUAUGCGGCGCAGGGUCUUCUGAUUUAGAUCAAUUGUACGUCGAAGAAGCCGUUUCAAUGAUCACCGAUUUUUUAGAUAAUGUUGAAAAGAAUAUGUUACAACUCCCGUCAACAUGUAUAGAAAAUAUUUCCGAACAAUUAAUUCCAUUAUUACAAGUUCCUGAAAUGUUUGGACUAAUUGAACGCGUAAUUUUGUUCGCGACUAAAGGCAAAUUGCAUCAUACAAUGAAUUCUGAAUAUGGAAACGCUUUAUCAAACCUUUUUGUGGAACAUUUAGUCUUUUUUCAUCAUGACAUGUAUAUUAAACUUUGUGGUGAUGCUAUGCUUGGUUUAUGGACCAAUUGCUCUGCUGCUGUUGAACAUGAGGUCUUGGUGUCUUUUCAACAACUUCUUUUUCCAGUAGAUAAAAAUUAUAUGGCACCACGUAAUAUUAUAGAGUUUCUUCGAAAUAGACCAUUUUUUUGUCAAGCUAUAAACUAUCCAAAAAUUUUUAACUUGUGCUUUGAAACAUUUAUUAAGUGUUUGGAAAAUUUUCCUGAUUGGCGUGUCUUGCGUUUAAUAAAAUAUACCAUAGAAUAUUGUAUUGAAAGUAAGGAUUGUAGUAAAUUUAUUCUUCCAGAUAUUACUCACUAUUUUCCUAGAUUAUUGGAAGGUCUUGUGACAAUUCUUGCAAAUGAUAUUCCUGGAGUACAAACAAUUUCUAAAAUAAAUUUCCUUCGUUAUAAAUUACUUCUGGAACAAAGCCCUUCGGCUAUGAAAAAUUAUAGAAAACAUGUAUGGAUGACUUUGAUGUCAUUCACAAAAUGGCAUUAUUGGAUUAUCAAAUCAUUUUUCGACAUCCAAAAAUUUCCGCAAAUAAAAGAUUUACAAGAACCUAUUAAUUAUCUAGCGUGGUUAAUUUAUCCACGUGAAGACAGUAGAAUUAUAAUUAUUAGUAAUUCUAUAGGUGAUAUGAUUACAUCCAUCAGAGAAUGUUUGAGUUUGAGUUUACAACAAAAUAGAAAAGAAAAAAUACUUUUAUGCUUUAAUCGCUAUCAGUGUAUAUUUGAGAACAAUCUUCUAUUGGUAGAUAUCAUAUUGGGUUUAUGGUCUAAAAUAAAAUCACUAGAAUUCAUGGAAGAAAUGCUAAACGUUUGUAUUAUGCCUAAUAAUAAACUCUCGUCUUCACAACCUUCUAUGUCAAGGCAAAUUCACAUAAAUGAAAAUAUAAACUUGGCAGCUUUAACGAAAAUCUUCGAUUACUUUUAUGAAAAUCAAUAUGGAAAAAAUGAUGAAAUUAUAAAUUAUUUAAAUAGGUUAAAAGAAAGAUAUAUGAUGUAAUAUUAUAAUAAAAUUAUAUCUGAUAUCACGUUAUCAAUU